AUGAUAAAAAGAAAAAUAUAUUUUACAUUAGUUAUUUUAGCUGUUUUAAGCACAGUCGAAAUAGAUAAAAAAUGGAAUAAAUAUGCAAAUGCAUGGUUUGGGCGCGGGGAGCCAGAAGAUGAUGAUUAUAACCAUACAAAAUUAUAUAAGGUGCUAGAAGUAGAUAAAUAUGCAAGUACUGAAGAAAUAAAAAAGGCUUAUAGGAAAUUAUCCAAAAAAUAUCAUCCAGAUAAAGCAAAAGAUAAGAAUUCAAAUAAUCGUUUUAAUGAAAUAGCUGAAGCUUAUGAAAUAUUAAGUGAUGAAGAAAAAAGAAGAGCGUAUGAUCAUUAUGGAUUAGACGCCGCAAAGAAUGUGGAAAGUAAUAAAAUGGAUGAUGAUCCAUCAGAUCAUUUUAAUAUUUAUGAAAGUUUUUUUGGUGGUGGUUUUAGAAGAGAAGAAGUAAAAAAAGCAGAAAGUCUAAUAUUACCAAUAGAAUUGAAUUUAGAACAAUUAUAUAAAGGAGAUAUAUUUUCGAUAUAUUAUACAAGGGAUGUAAAAUGCUUAAGAAGUGAUGAUUGUAUUACGAAAAAAAAAGAAUGUAGUGGAAAAGGGUAUAGAACAGUAACACAACAAGUUGCUCCAGGUUUUAUUAUGCAAAAUAAAAUAAGAGAUGAUAAUUGUAUAGAUAGGGGAAAAGCAUGGGAUUCAAACUGCUCAUAUUGCCCAAAUGGAUUAAUUGAAGAAAAAAGUAUUGAAUUAACAUUAGAAAUCGAACCUGGAACUAAAAAUAAUGAUAAAAUUUUAUUUGAAAAAAAAGGAAAACAACAAAUUGGCCAUGAAAAUGGAGAUUUAAUUUUUCUUGUUCAAACAAAAAGCCAUAAGGUGUAUGAAAGAAAAAAUAGCGAUUUACAUCAAACAUAUCAAAUUAGUUUAAAGGAUGCUUUAAUUGGAUUCUCAAAAGAUAUACAUCAUAUUAGUGGUACACCUAUUCGUAUAACCAAAAAUACCGUCACUUUCCAUAAUGAAGUUCUUAAAGUACAAAAUAAAGGUAUGCCGAUUAAAAAUUCAAGUCAAUAUGGCAAUCUUUACAUUAAAUUUUUAGUACAAUUUCCUGAUAAAUUAACAGAGAAACAAAAACAAGCCAUUGUUGAUUUGUUCUAA